AUCAUAUAACACACUUUACGUAAGUGAACAAUGAUCCUAUUCAAUAGCAAUUAGCGAGAACAAUACAUUUCUGUUUCCACUAACAUUUCUACGAAUCACUGCAACGUGCAACAUGCGUGUGUUAGUCAUACCAACCCUCUCGGUAAUAAUACCAAAAGUAAUAACUUUUAACUUCCAGGAGAGUUCUAUUAUUAACAGAACAUUAUUUAGCAGCGAAAUGUUCUUAUCUGAUCUUCUAUCCAUGACUUUACCUCCGGAACCGCCAGAUCUGUCAUCACUAGAGAAACUUUUAACACAAUAUACCACAACCACGAAGAAGACAAAUAUCCAGAAGAGUAAGCCCAAAAAACAAGCGAAGCCGAAACCUCCAGCAAGAAAGGACUUUAAAAGUUCGAAGAACACAAUACCAACAUGGCGCAUUCUGCUAUUUUUAUUGAUGAGAGUUCAUCUAGUCAACCUACAGAUUUAUACGUUCCCUAUGCCUCAGCCCCAAAUAUUUAUACCACCACCUCCACUCAUAGCAAUUCCAAUACCAGCCGCCAUAAGUCUCCCACAAACAACAACGACAUCUACUACCACUACCUCUAUCACUGAGGAAAACGUGGCCAUAGGAGUACCCAUUCCUAUGCCUAUACCCAUUCAAAUUGCUGUACCCGCAAUGCCACCUCCAUUGUUUUGCCAGGGAAAACUAAGGUCGAAGAAUUGUCCCCCCUGCCCACCGUGUGUAUGCACGCCACUGUGUACUCCAUCCUUCUUCUCCUAUUGUUCACCAUGCCAUCAGAAAUGUAGAUGUAAAAAGAGGGAAGAUGUUCCCCAACCUUUGCCACUCAACCCUCCUCAGCCAUUCUUAGGCCCGGCUUUUCCGAUGCCAGUUCCUUUCCCACCAGUGGUAGGAUCACCACCCCUUUAUGUGUUACCUUACCCCUCUUGGAAAAAAUCUAGGUAAACGUCGACGGCAGUGAAUUUCUUCAGCGUGCGACAAGACCAGCUGCUCUAGCAGUGUGCAAUGGGAUAUAGGAUCUCACGUCUAGUCUGCUCUUCCAUGAGCCUGAUGCGUUGAGAACGCACCGACGUGUUGCAAAUGUAACUAUUACAAAAUUAUAAUU